CUGUCAAACUUAUGCUGUUAUUUACAUAUUGACUUUUAUUCAUUCAGCAGAUCAUUGUUUUGUAAUCAUGAGGUCUUGUUAAACAUCUGUUCUGUCUUUGCAGAUCUUCCAGUGUCACUAAAACGGACACCCCCAAGGAGGCACCGCUGGAGAUCAUAAAGCCCGUGCCCAUCAGCAGCCCCGCCAGCCUCGCCCCGGGCAGCAGCGCCUACAAUAAGACGGCACGGCCCUUCGGUGGGACCACUAGCACCGUCAGAUCAGUCAGUCCGUCCCCGGCUGCACCCAAAGCCUCCAUCCCUUCCGCCUCCUCUGCGUUCACCCCAGCUGCUCCGUCCCAGCAGCCUCCUCAGCCUCCCUUCCCGCUGGGCGCCAGCCGCGUGCUGUCCUCUCCGAGCUCCGCCCCCAAACCCGCAUCCGGCCACUCCCCCUUUGCGAACUCCUCCUCCGCAUCCUCCUCUGGCUCCUCCUCCCCGGCGAGAGUGACAGCUCUGCCUCCGGCUCCCGCCGCUCCUCUUCCGUCCGUCUAUAACACGCCCAUCAACCUCUACUCCAAUGCGAACGCGUGCGAGGUGGCCAUGGGCCAGAGACGCGGCCUGCUGGAGAGCAAUGCCACAGGAGAACAGCACAACGGAACUGCCCGGAAGCCCGUCCUGGAGCCGGAGGUGAACCACGUCUCUGCUCUGAGUGACUCCAGUAAGAAGCGUCUGAUGGAGGACACGGAGGACUGGCACCCGCGCACCGGCACGUCUCAGUCACGCUCCUUCCGCAUCCUGGCGCAGAUCACCGGCACAGAGAACGAGCAAGCUCAGGAGAACCGGCCUGGAAAGAACGAGGCUGCAGAGGAGCUUCAGCCCAGUUCUCAUGCCACGUCUUCAGUCAAAACCAUGAGCAAAGCGCCCGCUGGAGCCCCGCGAGUCCCUCCAGCCGCAGCCAAGAGCUGGCAGUCGAGCAGCGCCGCAGGGUUGGCCAAAGCAGGUGCACCUGCGCUGCAGACGGGCCCCUCGUUCGGACGGGGCGGCAACAGCCUCCCCAAGGGCCCGGAUCGACCCGCGCCUCAGGUUCACCCCAGCGACCAGGACGAUUCGCUGGUGCAGAGAGCCGAGCACAUCCCGGCGGGAAAACGCACACCCAUGUGCGGCCAGUGCAACAUGGUCAUCAGGGGUCCGUACCUGGUGGCGAUGGGCAAAUCUUGGCAUAAGGAGGAGUUCACCUGCUCUCACUGUCACAGUUCACUGGCAGACGUGGGUUUCGUGGAGGAGCGCGGCUCUGUCUACUGCGAGCGCUGUUAUGAGCAGUUUCUGGCCCCGGCCUGCUUCAAAUGCCAGCAGAAGAUUCUGGGGGAAGUCAUCAACGCCCUGAAGCAAACCUGGCAUGUGUACUGCUUCCUGUGCAGCGGCUGCCAGCAGCCCAUCCGCAACAACACCUUCCACCUGGAGGACGGGCAGCCGUACUGCGAGACCGAUUACUACACCAUGUUCGGCACCAGCUGUCACGGAUGUGACUUCCCCAUCGAAGCGGGCGAUAAGUUCCUGGAGGCGCUGGGGUUCACCUGGCACGACACCUGCUUCGUCUGUACGGUACGGGAACGCUCGGCUUUACACUAUUUCAGAGCAACGAGGCGCUUGGGUGUGUUAUAGUGAAUACAGCGGCUU